GGUCCAGUCAGAUGCUAUCCAAACCGGGAGCUUCAAAAUCGAUUCUCAUCGUUCCGCACGAUCGAAGCGAAGAAGGAGAGAUCUCUCUGUAGCGAAAAUGACGGCGAAACCGAUUGGGAGUCCGAUUCCGGUGGCGAUUUACCCGACUUUGUCGGUGUUCACUCUAGCGAUUGGCCUCGUCAUCACCGCGUUCUUCUUCAUCUAUGAAGCUACAUCAUCUAGGAAAAACCGUAGCCUCGGGAUGGAGCUCGCAUCUGCAACAGUAGCAUCUGUUUUCUUGGGGUUUGGAUCAUUGUUUUUGCUACUUGCGAGUGGUGUUUAUGUCUGAUACUUCUUCCUCAAUACUGUUCCCGACUAGUUCAUUUAAGGAGUGAAAAAAUCAAGAGUUUUGAUGAAUUAAAAAAGUGCGGUUAAAUAAUAAAAUUUAAC